UGGUCACUCCCGUUGGUCACUCCCGUUGGUCACUCCCCAGGCUGGCUGUUGCUGCCCCCCCGCAAUGUUCCCAAUGACCCCUGUGACCCCUGACCCUUUAGUGACCCCAGUGACCCCGGGAUGACCCCAGUGACCCCGGGAUGACCCCGCUGCCCAUUGGUCACUCCCCAGGCCGGCUGCUGCUGCCCCCCCGCAAUGUCCCCGCGUUUUUUGUGUCCCCCCGAGGAGAGGCCGGGCUGGAGCGGCAGCGGGUGCUGCUCAAACUGGGGGAGCAGCGGCCGCAGUGUGAAGCCGACGCUCUCCGCGCUCCGGCCAAUUCCCACGCUGCCUCGCUGGACGCUGUGGUCACUCCGCGCUUUCUCUGCUCCGGCGGCACCGAGCCCGAGGUGGAUCCCAACGCCCGCCCAGGUACGGCCACUGCUGACCAGUGCUGA